CAUCACUGGACUUGUUUUCAAAAAGCCAACUAUUUUAAGAGGAAUAAAGGGUGGACUUGUUGCAGUUGCUGUAGGAUUCUAAGUCCAGGUGAUUGUUUCAAAAGAAGCAUCAACAACAACUGAAAAUAUUCAUAUGAUAUCUAUAUUUCAAUCAUGGACCAAAAUCAACAUUUGGAUAAAACAGCAGAGGCACAAUCUUCAGAGAAUAAGAAAACAAGACACUGCAAUGGAUUGAAGAUGUUCUUGGCAGCUCUGGCACUCAGCUUUAUUGCUAAGGCACUAGGUGCAGUUGUUAUGAAAAGUUCCAUCAUUCAUAUAGAAAGGAGAUUUGAGAUAUCCUCUUCUCUUGUUGGUUUUAUUGAUGGAAGCUUUGAAAUUGGAAAUUUGCUUGUGAUUGUAUUUGUGAGUUACUUUGGAUCCAAACUACACAGACCAAAGUUAAUUGGAAUCGGUUGUUUAAUUAUGGGAAUUGGAGGUGUUUUGACUGCUUUGCCACAUUUCUUCAUGGGAUAUUACAGGUAUUCUAAAGAAAUUAAUAUUGAUUCAUCAGAAAAUUCAACAUCGACCUUAUCCACCUGUUUAAUUAAUCAAAUUGUAUCACUCAAUAGAACAUCACCUGAGAUAGUGGGAAAAGGUUGUGUGAAGGAAUCUGGGUCAUACAUGUGGAUAUAUGUGUUCAUGGGCAAUAUGCUUCGGGGAAUAGGGGAGACUCCCAUAGUACCACUGGGGCUUUCUUACAUGGAUGAUUUUGCUAAAGAAGGACAUUCUUCUUUGUAUUUAGGUAUAUUGAAUGCAAUCGCAAUGAUUGGUCCAAUCAUUGGCUUUACCCUGGGAUCUCUGUUUUCUAAAAUGUACGUGGAUAUUGGAUCUGUAGAUCUAAGCACUGUCAGGAUAACUCCUAAUGAUUCUCGUUGGGUUGGAGCUUGGUGGCUUAAUUUCCUUGUGUCUGGACUAUUCUCCAUUAUUUCUUCCAUACCAUUCUUUUUCUUGCCCCAAACUCCAAAUAAACCACAAAAAGAAAGAAAAGCUUCAUUAUCUUUGCCUGUGUUGGAAACAAAUGAUGGAAAGAGUCAAACAGCUAAUUUGACCAGUCGAGGAAAAAAUAUUACCAAAAAUGUGACUGGUUUUUUCCGGUCUUUUAAAAGCAUCCUUACUAAUCCCCUGUAUGUUGUAUUUGUGCUUUUGACGGUAUUACAAAUAAGCAGCUAUAUUGGUGGUUUUACUUAUGUCUUCAAAUAUGUAGAGCAAGAGUAUGGUCAGCCUUCAUCUAAGACUAACGUCUUAUUGGGAAUUGUAACUCUACCUAUUUUUGCAAGUGGAAUGUUUUUAGGAGGAUAUAUCAUUAAAAAAUUCAAAUUGAGCCCAAUUGGAAUUGCCAAAUUCUCAUUUUUUACUGCUGUCAUGUCAUUGUUCUUUUACCUAUUAUAUUUUUUCAUACUCUGUGAAAAUAAAUCAGUUGCCGGCCUAACCAUGACCUAUGAUGGAAAUAAUCCAGUGACAUCUCAUAGAGAUGUACCAUUUUCUUAUUGCAACUCAGACUGCAAUUGUGAUGAAAGUCAAUGGGAACCAGUCUGUGGAAACAAUGGAAUAACUUACAUCUCACCUUGUCUAGCGGGUUGCAAAUCUUCAAGUGGCAAUAAAAAGUCUAUAGUGUUUCAUAACUGUAGUUGUUUGGAAGUAACUGGUCUCCAGAACAGAAAUUACUCAGCCCAUUUGGGUGAAUGCCCAAGAAGUGAUGCUUGUAUAACGAAAUUUUACUUUUUUGUUGCAAUACAAGUCUUGAAUUUAUUUUUCUCUGCACUUGGAGGCACCUCAUAUUUCAUGCUGAUGGUUAAAAUUGUUCAACCUGAAUUGAAAUCACUUGCACUGGGUUUCCACUCAAUGGUUAUACGAGCACUAGGAGGAAUUCUAGCUCCAAUAUAUUUUGGGGCUCUGAUUGAUACAACAUGUAUGAAGUGGUCCACCAACAACUGUGGCACACGUGGGUCAUGUAGGAUAUAUAAUUCCACAUUAUUUUCAAAGGUCUACUUGGGCUUGUCUUCAGUGUUAAGAGUCUCAGCACUUGUUUUAUAUAUUAUAUUAAUUUAUGCCAUGAAGAAAAAAUUUCAAGAGAAAGAUACCAAUGCAUCAGAAAAUGGAAGUGUCAUGGAUGAAGCAAACUUAGAAUCCUUAAAUAACAAUAAACAUUUUGUCCCUUCUGCUGGGGCAGAUAGUGAAACACAUUAUUAAGGGGAGAAAAAAAGUCACUUCUGCUUCUGUGUUUCCAAACAGCAUUGCAUUGAUUCAGUAAGAUGUUAUUUUUGAGGAGUUCCUGGUCCUUUCACUGAAAAUUUCCACAUCUUUUAUGGUGAAAGUAUUAAUAAGCCGAUGAAUUUAUAAUAAAACAAACUAUACGUAGCAAAAAUGAGAGUAUUCAUUGUUAUGUUGUAGCUAUGUAUUUGUGGUUAAGGCUAGACUAUAAGAUCCAUACAAAUUUAAAGUAAGAGGCAUGGUUAUUGUGUAAUAAAAGAAAAACUACUUGUUCAAGUAACUGUAAUUCUUAAUAAAAUAAAUGAGUAGAAUACAGGUAGAAGUUAAAAAGAAGGAGCUAGAUUAGUAUCCUAAGUAAAGAGAAAUGCCUAAUGUCUAUUUUGUAUUAAACAAACAAACAUGCAGUUUGAACUGUAAUACUGAGGCCUGAAGUCUAGCCUGGAUGAAUGCUACAAUAAUAUCUGUUACUCACAUAAAAUUAUAUAUUUCACAGACUUUCUUAAUGUAUAAUUAAUUAUUUUGGUCAAGUAAAUUUAGAAUACAUUUAAAUAUUAAUGAAGAAAUAAAGACAUUCCAAUAUUUGCAAGCUGUGAUUGUUAAACAACAUAAUACAUUACGUGUUAAGUUUCUGUUGGAUUUAAUGGAUUAAGAAAAAUUGACUUUGACUAAUGUAGCCACUCUUAUACUUAUCUUAGCUAGAUUUCCUGGAUCAUUUGCUGCACCUUCUACGUCAGCACUUUCUUCUUCACUUUCCACUUAGGUAAUGAAACCAGCUUCUUUUUUUAAACCCCAUGAACUAAAUUCUAUAGCAUUUUUUCUUUUGCAGCUUUCCCACCUCUCUUAGUUAUCAUAGAAUGACAGAGAGGUAGGGCCUUACUCUAGAUUAGAUUUGGCCUAAGGGAACAUUAUGGCUGCUUUGAUCUUCUAACCAGGCUACUGAAGUUUUCUCUAUAUUAGCAAUAAGUCUGUUUCACUUUGUUAUUAUUUGUGUGUUCACUGAAGUAGGACUCUUAAUUAUUUUCAAGUACUUUCUUUUUGCAUUCACAACUUGGUUAACUAUUGAAUGCAAGAUGCUUAGUUUUGACUUACCUUGGCUCUUGAUAUGCCUUCCUCACUAAACUUAAUCAUUUCUAAAAUUUGAUUUAAAAUGAGAGAUGUGUGACUCUUUCUUUCACUCAAACACCUAGAGGUCAUUGUAAGGUUAUUAAUUGUCUUAAUUUCUAUGUUGUUCUGUCUCAGGACAUAGGAAGGCCCAAGGAGGGAGGUAUAGCAAUAGCUGAUUGGCAGAGCAUUCAGAACACACACAGUUUUAUUGAUUAAGUUCCACAUAUUAUAUGGGCAUGGAUAGUGGCAAGUCGAAUCAAUUACAAUAGUAACAUCAAAGAUCACUAACCACAGGUCACUAUCACAGAUACAAUAACAAUGAAUAAGUCUGAAAUAUUGUGAGAAUUAGCAAAAUGUGACACAGAGACAUAAAGUGAGCACAUAUUUUUGAAAAACUGAUGUCAAUAGACUUGUUUGAUGCAGGAUUGCCACAAACUUUCAAUUUGAAAAAAAAAAAAAAA